CCAAGCUGUAUUCACUGCAUUUUACGUCAAACUGAGAGAGAGAGAGAGAGAGAGAGAGAGAAACAGAGAAACAGAAAGAAAGAUAAAAAGAGUGAUAAUGGCGACCCUUAAGGUACCAGCGGUGGUUCCUUCUCCUGCUGAGGAUGCUGAGCAACUCCGUUCAGCUUUUGAAGGAUGGGGUACAAAUGAGGGAUUAAUCAUAUCCAUAUUGUCUCACAGGAAUGCUGCUCAACGAAAGGCAAUACGAAAGGUUUAUGCAGAAACUUAUGGUGAAGAUCUUCUUAAAUCUCUGGACAAAGAACUUUCAAGCGAUUUUGAGCGAAUUGUGCUGCUGUGGACACUGGAUCCUCCUGAACGUGAUGCGUUUAUGGCUAAAGAAGCUACAAAGUUAUUCACUAAAAACACCUGGGUUCUUGCGGAAAUAGUCACUACCAGGUCAACAGCUCAGCUGUUUCUGGUGAGGCAGGCAUAUCAUGUUCGUUACAAGAAAUCCCUCGAAGAAGAUGUUGCCCAUCAUACUUCCGGAGACCUCCGCAAGCUUUUGGUUCCUCUUGUGAGCUCAUUGCGAUACGAGGGAGAUGAGGUGAACAAUUUGUUGGCAAAGUCAGAGGCUAAGAUACUCCGUGACAAAAUUGAAGAGAAAGCCUAUGCUGAUGAUGACUUCAUCAGAAUUGUCACUACCAGGAGCAAAGCGCAGCUCAAUGCAACACUCAACCACUACAACAAUUCAUAUGGAAAUUCUAUCAACAAGGAUUUGAAGGCUGAUCCAAAAGACGAAUACCUCAAGCUACUUAGAGCAGCAAUCAAGUGCUUGACGGUCCCUGAGAAACACUUUGAGAAGGUCCUGAGGCAGGCCAUCAACAAGUUCGGUACAGACGAGUGGGCUCUAAGUAGAGUUGUGGCCUCUAGGGCAGAGGUUGACUUGGAACGCAUCAAGGAGGAAUACCAUCGAAGAAACAGCAUUCCUUUGGCUCGUGCUGUUACCAAAGACACUUCUGGAGACUAUGAGAAAAUGCUCGUUGAGUUGAUUGGACAUGAAAAUGCUUGAGUGGCGUCAAUUUUAGUAGUUAUGAAGUUCUGAGUGCAGCUUGUGUACCUUUUCAUGUGUUAUUAUUUUCUUGGAUGUGUCUUGCUAUAUAUGAGUGUGUUUGUACCGUUAUUUAUUAUUAAUGUUUUUUUUUGGGAAUAAGUUAAAGUUUGUGGACAGGCUUAGAACAUUAUGUAUUAUUGUUGUUAUUUUUAUUUAAUAAUAUGAUGCUAUUUGUGGUUA